AUGAGUAGCGCUGUGUUGGUGCCUCGCCUCCCGGACCCCAGCAGCAGCUUCCGAGAGGAUGCCCCGAGGCCCCCGGUGCCCGGGGAAGAAGGAGAGACCCCACCGUGCCAGGCUGGCCUGGGCAAGGGCCAGGUCACCAAACCCAUGCCUGUGUCCUCCAGUGCUCGGCGGAAUGAGGAUGGACUGGGAGAGCCCGAGGGACGGGCGUCCCCUGAUUCUCCUCUGACCCGAUGGACCAAGUCUUUGCACUCUUUGUUGGGCGAUCAAGAUGGAGCUUAUCUCUUCCGGACUUUCCUGGAGAGAGAGAGAUGUGUGGAUACCUUAGACUUCUGGUUUGCCUGCAAUGGCUUCAGGCAGAUGAACCUGAAGGAUACCAAAACUUUACGAGUAGCCAAAGCGAUCUACAAAAGGUACAUCGAGAACAACAGCAUCGUGUCCAAGCAGCUGAAACCUGCCACCAAGACCUACAUCCGUGAUGGCAUCAAGAAGCAACAGAUCGACUCGGUCAUGUUCGACCAGGCGCAAACCGAGAUCCAGGCGGUGAUGGAGGAGAAUGCCUAUCAGAUGUUUUUGACUUCUGACAUAUACCUCGAAUACGUGAGGAGCGGGGGCGAGAACCCAGCGUACAUGAGCAGCGGGGGCCUGGGGAGCCUGAAGGUGGUCUGUGGCUAUCUCCCCACCCUGAAUGAAGAGGAGGAGUGGACUUGUGCUGACUUCAAAUGCAAACUCUCGCCCACUGUGGUUGGCUUGUCCAGUAAAACUCUGCGGGCCACCGCGAGCGUGAGGUCAACGGAGGCAGUGGAAAAUGCGUACAGGUCUUUCAAGAGGAACGAUCCCAUUAAUCCGUACCAUGUAGGUUCCGGGUACGUCUUUGCGCCGGCCACCAGCGCCAAUGACAGUGAGCUCUCCAGUGAUGCGCUGACCGAUGACUCCAUGUCCAUGACAGACAGUAGCGUAGAUGGAAUCCCUCCGUACCGCGUGGGGAGUAAGAAACAGCUCCAGAGAGAAAUGCAUCGCAGCGUGAAGGCCAAUGGCCAAGUGUCUCUACCUCAUUUCCCGAGAACCCACCGCCUGCCCAAGGAGAUGACGCCCGUGGAGCCCGCCACCUUCGCGGCGGAGCUCAUCGCUCGGCUGGAGAAGCUGAAGCUGGAGCAGGACAGUCGGCACAGCCUGGACCAGCGGCUGCAGCAGAUCCGCGAGGAUGAAGAGAAGGAGGGCUCCGAGGUGGCGCUGAGUUCCCGGGAAGGGGGCGCGCCGCCGCACCCCCUCUCCCUCCUGCCCUCCGGCAGCUACGAGGAGGACCCGCAGACCAUCCUCGAUGACCACCUGUCCAGGGUCCUCAAGACCCCCGGCUGCCAGUCGCCAGGCGUGGGCCGCUACAGCCCCCGCGCCCGCUCCCCCGACCACCUCCUCCACCACCACCAGCAUCACUCCCUGCCCCCGCUGGCCAGCAAGCUGCCCCCCUCCGUGGCCGGGGCUGUGAUGGCCAGCUGCCCCUUGCUGGGGGUCAAGGGCUUGGUGGCCAAGCAGAUGACGAAGCACGUCCACCACCACUACAUCCACCACCACACGGGGCCCAAGACCAAGGAGCAGAUCGAGGCCGAGGCCACCCAGAGGGUACGCUGUAUCUGCUCUGGGGGUGCCGAGUAUUACUGCUACGCCAAGUGCAGGAACCACCCCAAGGGGCUGGAGCCCCUGCCUGGAGAGACCUUUGGUGGCAGCAGAGGCAGCAGCACCCUGCCCAAGCGGAACGGAAGGGGCCCAGAGCCAGGCCUGGUACUGCCCGCCAGGGAAGGGGGGGCCCCAGGUGGAGCUGGGGUGCCGCAGCUCCCAGGGGAGGAAGGCGACAGGUCGCAGGAUGUGUGGCAGUGGAUGAUGGAGAGCGAGCAGCAGAACAAGGCCAAGCCCCACAGUGCUCAGAGCGCAAAGAAGACCUUCCCCGGAGAGGCCGCCCGAGGAGCUCCCCCGGAGCGAGCUGGCCGCCAUCACCUGUGGGGGUCUGCUGGUGGGAACCCCCGAAUCAUCGCCCGGGCCCACCUGUUCACCCAGGACCCUGCUAUGCCUUCCCUGACCCCACCCAACACCCUGGCACAGCUGGAGGAGGCCUGCCGCAGGCUGACUGAGGUCUCAAAGCCCCCAAAACAUCGGUGCUGUGCAGCUGGUCAGCAGAGGGACAGAAGCCACUCAGCUGCCGGUCAGGCCGGAGCCACGCCCUUCUCCACAACAAGCCUGGCUCCAGAAGAUCACAAAGAGCCAAAGAAGCUGGCGGGUGUCCACCCGCUCCAGGCCAGUGAGCUGGUUGUCACUUACUUUUUCUGUGGAGAAGAAAUCCCGUACCGGAGGUUGCUGAAGGCCCAGAGCUUGACCCUGGGCCACUUCAAAGAGCAGCUCAGCAAAAAGGGAAAUUAUAGGUAUUACUUCAAAAAAGCCAGCGACGAGUUUGCCUGCGGAGCGGUGUUUGAGGAAGUGUGGGAUGACGACACGGUGCUCCCCAUGUAUGAAGGAAGGAUCCUGGGAAAGGUGGAGAGGAUCGAUUAA